AAUAUUUUAUGCACAUUACUUAAUUAUCUCGUGGCCGCGCUAUUGUCUCCGGGACUAUAACAAUUAUAUUUUUUUCUACAAUUUUUAAUUCUCUGCUUCUAAAUACGACAAUUACCUGCCAGCUCACGUUACACUUUAACAAAAGGUUUCAGUUAUUUUUAACGACAAACGAUCGUUCAGUUAAAAGUGAAUAUAGUGCGCCGCUCUGUCUCAAGUGCGAAAACAAAAAAAAACGUAGCAAAUGGUGCGUUAAAAUCACGGACCACGAUAAUUCUGAAGAUGGAAUUUCUGAUCGGUGGCUUCGCUGGCAUGGGAGCGUGUUUGUUUACGAAUCCCCUGGAAGUGGUAAAAACUAGGAUGCAGCUGCAAGGCGAGCUGCAAGCUAAAGGUCGACACGCUGUGCACUACAAGAACGUCUUCCAUUCGGGCUACGUCAUAGCGAAGAACGACGGAUUGUUGGCCCUUCAGAAGGGCCUCUGUCCCGCAUUGCUAGUGCAACUGGUGAUGAACGGGCUACGAUUAGGAACAUUUCAGUUCGCAGACUCCAGGGGAUAUAUUCGAGACGACCGAGGAAAAUUGGUAUUUUCCAAGAGUGUCUUGGUCACCGCCGUUGGCGGGGUUAUAGGUCAGUUUUUAUCCAGCCCUCUGUUCCUCAUUAAGACGCAUCUUCAGUCUCAAGCUGUAAAAACUAUAGCUGUCGGACACCAACAUCACCACGACGGUUUUGUUUCGGCAUUAAUCACCAUUUACAAAGCAAAUGGGAUUGCCGGAUUGUUCAGGGGCGCAGCGGCGUCGGUUCCCAGAAUUCUCGUCGGGGGACCUGUUCAACUAAUUUCGUUUGAAUAUGCGAAAUUGGGAUUCGAACGAUACGACUACAUUGCCGAUCGACCGCUAUUAAAAUCGUUUUUGGCAAGCAUGGUCGGCGGGAUCGCCCUGACCGCGGUGGGGACACCCUUUGAUCUUAUAUUGACAAGGAUAUACAAUCAACCGAUCGAUAGCCACGGAAAAGGAAUCCUGUACAAAAACUACGCGGACUGCAUCAGGAAAGUUUACAAUUCCGAAGGAGUGAUGGGUUUCUACAAAGGAAUAGGGCCCAUGUACCUCAGAUUAGGACCCCAUACCGUGCUAUGCUUGAUUUUUUGGGACCAGCUGAAGUCGUUACACGCUCAAUACGCUCGAAACGAUUUGGUGCUAGUCUAACGCGUCCAAUAUACGCCAAUAUACGAAAAUCAGUCUCCUAUUUGGUUUUAAUCGUAGCUAUAAUUUUCAGGGCAUUUAAGUUCAUUUUUAAACAAAAAAAAAUUAUGCCCUUGAUAAUUAACACUAGAUUUUAUAAACGUGAUAAAUAAAAAACUAUUCUAUUCUAUUCUAUUUUUUAAACAGUUUUACUGUUUAAGUGUGUGGCUCUCUCAUUUGUAUCAAAUAUUUAUUUUAAUUAAAAUAUAAACAUACAUUAAUUCGUAUUUUAUUAUGCUCAAUACAUUUUCGGCUUAUUUCUAUGUAACACCAUCACUUUCAACAAACUUUAUCCUAAAAAUU